AUGAAGUACCUCCCUUCACUGACCGUUGCGUUCCUGUUGUUGGACAUGGCGCAUGCCGACUAUGCAAGCGACGCAGAGUCCGCGAUCAAGCUGCUCCAGGACAAAUGGUACAACAUAGAGACUGGCUUAUGGGAUGAUAUGUGGUGGCAAUCCGGCAAUAUCGUAGAGACCAUCGCCAAGUUCGGCAAGCAGGAUGAGGACUUCAAGCAAGCUGCAAUCGACAUUGUCUCAAACACAUACGAAAAGUCUCCAAACCAGAAGGGCUAUAGCAACUGGAAGAACGACUUUUACGACGACGAAGGCUGGUGGGCCAUGGGUUGGAUCGCCUCUUACGACCUGACCGGCGACCAGAGGUACCUCAACACCGCCAAAGACCUCUUCGAAGACAUGACGACCGGCUGGACCACGCCCUGCAAAGGCGGCCUCUGGUGGAACAAGCCCAAAGAAUCCAUUGCCGCUAUUUCUAACGAGCUCUUCCUCGCCGUCGGCGCGUCGCUUGCCAACCGUGUCCCUGCCUCUGAGAAAUCAGACUACCAAAACUGGGCACAGAUGGAAUGGGACUGGUUCUGGGAGUCCGGCGUCAUUAAUGGCGACGGUCUAGUCAAUGAUGGAAUCGACAAUAAAACGUGCCGAAAUGACGGCAAAACAACAUUCACAUACAACCAAGGUGUUGUCCUCGCCGGCCUCUCUGAGCUCGCGAGAGCGAAAAGCGAUGGCGAUCUGAUUCGCCACGCGAACGAACUCGCCAGCGCGAGCAUGAGUAGGCUGAGUGAUAAUGGUAUUCUGACGGAGCCAGUUAAGCACCCGCUUGAUCAGACAGCCGCUAUGUUCAAGGGCGCAUAUGUCAGGGGCCUGUCGGCGCUCAAUGAGAACGAGGGACAGCAGGCGUACACUGAUUUCUUGAAGAGGAAUGCUGAUUCGGCGCUUGCGAAUGCCAGGGAUGGUGAAGGUGUGUUCGGGGAUCGCUGGCAGGGGGGCGAUGGCAGUAGUGCAGCGAGUCAUGCGGCGGUGAUCGAUGUGUUAGUUGCUGCUGCGCAGGCGUCAACUUGA